UCUCUCCUCCCUCCUUCCAGCCACCUGUUUAGCCGCAGGAGCGGCAGUGCCCAGAGCAGAGCCAGAAAGAAGGUUGACGACCUACGAGGACCUCCUCCCGGGAAGGAACGGAGGCGUUGGGGCCCCAGGCAUAUCCGGAGAGGUAGACAGUGCCAGCCCCGAGUUCUGGAUCUUGGGGUGAGGAGCCUCGGACGCUGAUUCCUUACAGGUGUGUGUGUCAUCUUCGGAGCUGACAGCCUUGCCCCAAUCGCGAGCGGGUCCCAGGAAAUCUACGCCCUCGGAAUGUUCAAAGCCAGUCUCUGAACCUUUGGGUUCCGCCCUCUGGGCAAGCUCACGGCGCUCUAGACCACGCCCACAAACAUCAGACCACGCCUCUGAAACCGACCACGCCCACACCACAGGAAUCCGAAGCGGCCAUGGGGACACCCAGCACCCUAGAAGAGGGCUCCUCGUCGCCACAGGUUUCGGAAUGCGCCGUCGAGGUCCAGCCUCAAGGGGCCGUGCAGCCUCAGGGGCACCCCGAAGAUCCCCAAGAGCACAAGGAGCCCGAGGCCCCAGCGGAGCUUCCAAGCUGCCCGGGAGCUGGGCGGCAGGCCGAGGAAGAGGAAGAAGUGGAAGAAGGUAGCAGCACCGAGAGUUGCCGCGAAGAGCCUGAGGCUACGCCUGCCGCGCAGAUUCCAGCCACACCUUCCCCAUGCCUCCCUUCUGGGGAAGAGCUGCGGGGGGCGGCACGGCGACUGCGAGGACAGCAGCUGGAGGCACUGACUCGCGUGGCUCUGAUGGAGCAGCGGGUGAAGGAGUUACAGCGCCAGAAGAAGGAAUUGAGGAUCGAGAUGGAGGUGGAGGUGGCCCUGCUCCGGGGUGAGCUGGCCGGGGAACGAGUGGCCGCUCGCCGGGAGGAGGAGCAGCUGCGGGAGCUGCUGGGCCAGCGGGUGGAGACCCAGCCGAGCAGCCAAGAACAGCGGGAGCAGGAACAGCGGCAGCUGAGCCAGGAGCGGGAUCAUGUGGAGAGUCUCCGCCAGAGACUUAGGGAGGCACAAGGACAGCUUGAUUCACAGCCAGAGGACCAGAGAGAGCGGCUUUCACAAGGGGUACAAGAGAUCAGAGAGCAGCUGGAUGCAGCCCAACGCACCUAUGAGGAUUUGGAGUUCCAGCAGCUGGAGCGGGAGAGCCGCGUGGAGGAGGAACGGGAAAGCCCCGCUGUCCCAGCUCCAGACUCCAAGGUCCGGGAACUUCAGGCCAGUGUGGCCCAGCACAGGCGCCGCAUCCAGGUCUUGGAGGAGCAGCUCAGGUCUCUGGGGGAGCAGAUGGCUGCCGAGAGCUGGGGGCUGAGCAGGAAGAAGGAGGAAGCUGUUCAGGCUCUUACACAGGAACGGAGCCGGCUGUUCGAGCUCAAUUGCCUGCAGGGAACAUGUGGUGGGGACUUCUCUGAGCCCGACCAAGCACUCACCAAGCUGCUGUUCACACAGAAGACCGACCGCCAGCUGCUGGUGCUGCAGGACCCCACUGCGCAUGCUGCUGCCAGCUCCACCUCUUCUUGCCUCUUCUCGGUGCGCAGCUCCCUGCAGGGGUCUAUUGGUCUCCAGAGGACAGGAAGCCUGCCCCGGAGGAGGGGAGACAGGGCCAGCCAGAGGGGAUCCUCCCGGCCUUUGUCCCUCCACUGUACAGGACCUCUGGAGGCCUCAGCUCUUUCACAAGCUGUGGGGACCCCUGGGAGACACCCUCUCUAUCAGCUGCUCAACUGUGGCCCUGGGAAUAGACACUCGGUGCUUCGUUCAGACAUCGCACACAUGGAACGACUCCUGCAGCUGGCUGUGGCCGAGAGGGAACGUCUGCUCAAGGACAGGGAAGGGAUGAGAAGAAGCCGAGAAAGUUCCACAGGCCCUGCUGUUCCUGCCAUCAUGGCCCCGCCCCCGCCCCCACCACCACCCCCACCAAGCCCUCCAGGUCCCCAGGUCCUGGACCUCCCACAGCACCUGGAACGCUGGGGCCACAAUCCGGAAAGCUGCCCCCACUUGCGGGUGACCGGGGGCUGCUGUCGUGGGCCCCUGGUGAAGAUGGGCGGCCGCAUUAAAACUUGGAGGAAACGCUGGUUUUGCUUUGACCGGCAGGCGCGCCGUUUGGCUUACUAUGCCGACAAGGAAGAGACAAAGCUCAAAGGCGUCAUCUAUUUCCAGGCCAUCGAGGAAGUGUACUAUGACCACUUACGCUGUGCCUUCAAGAGCCCCAGCCCCCGCCUGACUUUCUGCGUCAAGACCUACGAACGCCUUUUCUAUAUGGUGGCCCCCAGCCCGGAAGCCAUGCGGAUUUGGAUGGAUGUCAUCGUGACAGCUGCGGACGAAAACCACGCCCCCUGACCCCCCAGCGGCCCCGCCCUCUGAGAAAGGAGGUCCCGCGAGCUGCGCCCCUAGACGCACCUUCCGGCCUUUGAGGCCCCGCCCACGUCAGGAAGCUCUCAGCCCCGCCCCUUUGGCCUUCUCCUGGGAUUUCUGCAGCCGCUCCUGCUCAGCUGGCCUGAGCCGGGGAGGUCUGGGCUGCCUCUGUCUUCCAGCGGCUGCAUCGCCUGGCCCUGGAGGCCCCGCUUGGGGGCAGGAGGAAGAGCACAGGGGUGGAAGGAACUAUUUAUUGGUGCUCCUCUGAUACCGAA